CAAAUGGUCAGUGACUCUAAUACUUUUAUUAUCCAAUCAAAUGCGCCCUAUCAAAACUUCAUAGUACAAGCAUUUUAGCAAGUAUUUAUUUUCCAAAAAUAUAUAUAAAAAAAUCACACUUCACUUCAGUCGACAAACUAUUGCUUUUCUCUCUUUCUAAUAAUAUCGUUUUUUCAGUGUUUUUAUUUAAUUUUCCUUUAUGGUCGACUUUUCAAGGCAGACAACAAGUUGCUCAACUAGUUCAAGUGGUGGCAUCUAUUUAGUAUAAAUAGGAACCAAAAUUCAAAACUAACCAAUUCACAAGAAAAGUAAAUGGACUCUCAGACAAUUCAACCGACACUAUGGGAAUGUGUUCAAUCUUCUCAGUCUCUAAGUGACAACCAAACUCCUCAACAGAAUCGUAUCCGUUGGUCUCAGUCUCCAGAUUCUCACACUUUCUCUGUUGAUCUUCCUGGUUUGAGGAAAGAAGAUAUAAAAGUGGAGAUCGAAGAUUCAAUAUACUUAAUCAUACGAACGAAAACGACAGAGAUAUCGCCGGUUAGAAGUUUAAAGAGGAAAUUCCGGUUACCGGAAUCGAUAGAUAUGAUCGGAAUAACAGCUAAUUAUGAAGACGGUGUGUUGACUGUGAUUGUACCAAAGAGGGUUUUGCGAAGGAGAAGUUUCUUCAUUGAUCCUUCUGAUGUUCCCCAAAGUCUUCACGUUCUUGCCAGAGCUGCUUAAAACAAGCUUUGUUUUUCCUUUUAAUCUUUGCUUUUCAAAGUCUGUUUUUUACUAGUAUACUCUUUUUAUUGCUACUUAACCGUUAUGUGCAGUUUUAUAUAUCAAUAAAAAUCCUAAGUUUGUUACAUGUAAUACAUAGAAUACAUAUAUUGGUUUAAUGUUAUUAGACUCGGUCUAUCUUUC